GCCAGCGGCUGUCCUCGCCCUGCCUCCUGCCUCCUGCCUCCUGACCUGUCACAGGACAACAUCCUUCCCUACAGAGUACUCUAGCAUUUACGAUUCAGCUGACAGCAGUCUCAUCCACGCUGCGGGGGGACACGACUCGUCGGACAGCGGUUCAGUGUCAGUAUCACACAGUGAGAUGCCAAGAAAGGCGCGCUUUACCUACACAGCUCGUCGUGGCUUUUGCAGUGAUUUUUGAGAAGCACCACUGUGGUACUCCUGUUCAUCAACGUUAGCUGGCUGGCGAGGUGUGAAAAGUCAGUGUCAUGACUGGAGCUGAAACUGAGGAUGAUAUUCCAUUGGGCGAAAGGAAGACUGUCACAGAUUUCUGCUAUCUUCUGGACAAGUCCAAGCAACUCUUCAAUGGGCUAAGAGACCUUCCUCAGUAUGGACACAAGCAGUGGCAGUCCUACUUUGGACGGACUUUUGAUGUCUACACGAAGCUGUGGAAAUUUCAGCAGCAGCACAGGCAGGUUCUGGACAGUCGGUAUGGCUUGAAGAGAUGGCAGAUUGGGGAAGUUGCAUCCAAAAUUGGACAGCUUUACUACCACUACUACCUUCGUACCUCAGAAACAAGUUACCUGAAUGAGGCCUUUUCAUUCUACUCAGCCAUCCGCCAGCGCUCCUACUACUUCCAGGUCAACAAAGAGGACAGGCCAGAACUGGUGGUAAAGAAGCUUCGAUAUUAUGCUCGCUACAUCGUUGUCUGUUUACUGCUGAACAAGAUGGACCUAGUCAAAGUUUUGGUGAAGGAGUUAUCUGAGGAGAUCGAAGAUUACACACAGCGGUUUAACACAGAGGACCAACUUGAAUGGAACCUGGUUCUACAGGAAGUGGCAGCUUUUGUUGAGGCAGAUCCAGUUGUAGUUCUGAAUGACAACAAUUCUGUCAUCGUCACCAGCAAUCGGCUGCAGGAGGGAAGUGUGCCUCCACUGGAACAAGGCAUGGUGGUUGGGCAGCUCAUCCUCGCAGAUGCACUAAUCAUCGGCAACUGUAACAACCAGGUGAAGUUCAGUGAGUUAACCAUCGAUAUGUUCCGCAUGCUUCAAGCUUUGGAGAGGGAACCUGUAAACUUGGCCACACAGACCUCCAAACAAGGAACGCUGGAACCCAAUGAGAAGCCAGCUAAAAGAGAAAACCCUCACAAGUAUUUGCUGUACAAGCCAACAUUCAGCCAACUUUUUACUUUCCUGUCUGCAUCUUUUAAGGAACUGCCUGCCAACAGCGUUCUGCUUGUCUACCUGUCAGCUACUGGAGUCUUCCCUACUGGCCAUUCAGAUUAUGAAGGACCAUACGAUUUUGGAGGAGUGCUCACAAAUACAAACCGCGAUGUGGUGAACGGAGAGACAGUGCAGAAGAGGAAUCAGGCUCAGAAAGAAAUGCACUGCCUUCAUCCAGGAGAUUUAUUCCCUUUCACCCGGAAGCCACUUUUUGUCAUUGUGGAUUCUUCAAACAGCACAGCCUACAAGCAUUUCACAAAUCUGUUUGGCCAGCCUCUGGUGUGCUUACUAUCACCUACAGUAUAUCCCAAGAGUGUGCAAGAUCAGUCUCAGCGUGGGAGUCUCUUCACUUUGUUCCUCUACAGCCCACUCCUGGCUUUCUCCUCUGUGUGUGGCUUAAACAGCGUGCAGCGAGGCCUGUGGGAAAGGGCUCAAGAAUUUCUUCGUAAGGUCUACCGGGACAUCGGGCAGCUGAUAACUCGAUCACGGACCAUAGAUCAAGCCUUUUUGCAAUUCUUUGGUGACGAGUUCCUUCGGCUGCUGCUGAUCCGCUUUGUGUUCUGCUCAGCUGCACUGAGAUUGCAUAAACUCUUCCGGGAGUCCCAGAGCUUCCCAGAGUCGUACCCUGAGCUCCCUAAACAGGACACAGUUGAGAGUAGCCUUCUACAGAAGCAUAUUUUGGAGCUGGCGACCAUGCUGGAUGUGCAGAGCCUAUUUUGGGAUGAUCCACUGGAAGCCUACUAACAUUUCCACACAGGGCAAAAUGGCAUACGUGUACAUACAGACUCAACUGCCAGAGCCCUCACAGUUGUCUCUCUGUUUUUGUUUUUUGUUCUUGUUUUUUACAGGUAAAGAAAAAAACUGAUUCUGCACAUACACAUUCAUGUCCUGCAUUUAACUGUUACCUGUGGAAGCAAAUAUAGUGCAACAUUAAAUUGUUCACAUAGAUAAGUCAGAGAGUUUAAUAUAGAAUCAAUUCCCCAUUUUGAGUGUCAGCGGGUUGCCUCAUAAAUAUAAGUAUCACGUAAGACAUAAGAGUAACAAACAAGUGAGACGCUGCAGAUAACAUUUUUACUCACCAGUCCCCAUCCAAAUGCAACAGCUGCAGCCCCAAACUGUAUUCUUCAUAUCAGAUAUUUGUCGUCAGUCUUGGUUUUGUGUUUUUUUUUUUUUAUGAUAUUUAUCAUUGUUUAUUAGAGUGCAGGUUGUGUGAGCCUUAAGGAUAGAGAAUGGAGAAAUCCUGGGCAGCUUCCAGGUGUGACCUUAUCUAUCUAUCAAAGCAGUGUGGUGAACACAGAGAGAGAGAACACAGUGCUAAGCAUCAGUAAGUAUUCAAAACAAACAUAAUGUUAGCACAUAAUUCGCACACUGGGUUGGAAUUUGAAAGAGUUCACCAAAAGUGUUAUAAAUGGUAUUUGCCAAACAGUGCUUGCAGUUUAACAGCUCAAGUUGUAGCAGGCUGAGGUGCAUGAGGUCAUGUUUGUUUAUAGGUCUUAUUAGUUGUAAAGAUAUCACACCACUUUGUGGCAUUAACCAGCAAUCCAUCCAGUACCUUUAAUCGACCAUUGUUUUGGCUUUGUGCGUUUAUGAAAGUGGCCGUUAUUGCUUUCCCAUAUCACUGUGCUGUGUUUGCAUGCAAAAAGGCAAAGAAAUGUACCCAUUAUGCUGUUUUAGUCACGGAGAACAGCCACCAGCUUCAAGGCUUUAAAAAGGGUUGUAGAAUUUAAAAUGGCACGGGGUUGGGAAGUAAAUGGAGCCUGUGCAUGUUUUACAGGGGCCUGCACAUUUGUAGCUGUGUCAACAAAAGACAAUCUAAUUUGUUAAUAGAAGAGAUGAAGGAAGGUAGCGUGAUGUGCACACCAACGUUUUUUCACUAACAGCAUGCUCCAGUCCGUUUAUUACUUAAGGCCUAGGCACACCAAACCCACCGCAGCAAUUAAAGCUGACUGUUCUGUCGCCUCACGUCACCUGUGUCUUGGCCUACAAGGCUGCUGCCAACGUUAAAACAGCAUUUAUGUUCUGCACCUGUGUGAGAGAACAUAACUCUCCACACCAGCAGACAGCCGUAGUCUGUAAUCAUCGUUUAAAAAGGGAAAUUGGAAAUUGUUCUUUUUUGGAGGGAGGUGACCUUACAUAGAUAGGAAAGCCUAGCUUGUAAUGGGAGGAGAGAGGGGAUGACACGCAGCAAAGGGCCAGAGAUGGAAUUGAACUUGCAGCAGCUGCGUCAAGGACACAGACCCCACAUAUGGGGUGCCCGCUCCAUCAGGUGAACUCAUGGGCACUCCAUCGGAAGACCGGCUUGACACUAGUUAACCAGUUAAGCGCAUCAAGAACUAGGCCCCCCAUGUGCAGGGGCUGUGUCCUUAUUCCAAUUUAAGAUGCUAAAUCAGCUGAAAAUCGCUUCCACACUGUCGGCCUUUGUCUGUGUUGUUUCAGCUGACUGAACAUGUUGAAUCGGUGUCGGCACAGCGGAGCCCAUAGGUGAAUGUACUCAUUCUUGUUGGUAGUUGAGCUCAAAGCAUGAGAAAAGAAACAGAGGUGAGGAAAGUAAACAAAGAGCUAAAGUCGAGAGGGAGUUAGACCAAAACAAACUUGUUCCAAAAUUUAGCCAAUGAGCUCUUAAGCAGAAACGUUUCCUGAUGGCUUGUGUUGUUGUUCACUAAUGAACGUGACAUCCACAGGACCCUCAGUUCUCUAUGCCCCAAAAAGAGGUGCGUCCCUCAGUUUUGGUGAAUCGCCUGUAUGGGCCAAAAACAUGAACGUGGCGUAAAAUAUUUUUCAAAAGUUAUGGAAAAGUUUUAAAUAUUCACUGGUAAAAAUGUGUGGGAACCCUGUAACUGGCUAACUAGAGUCAAGACGGUCUUCCGGUUUCCCUCUUUGAAUGAUGAACUAACGCCAUCUUCCUGUGUGGAGUUAUUUCCUCUGAUGCAGAACAUAUGUGCUGGUUGGCCAUCGGCUGUGGUCUUUGCAGUGUGUUCAUGUGCAACUUUUUGUGUGAGGCACAGGCAACAUGAGGAGAUGCAGCAGGGGGCUUUUGGUGCCAAUAGUUCUCUGAAGUUGGUUUAGUAUGUCUGGGUCUUAAAUGACACCAAAUCUGUCUAAGUGCUGACAAAAUUAUCAUGUUACCCACCAGUUGCUUGAAUAGAAUAAUAUUUUUACCACCAGUCAUCUUUCUCCUGCAGACAAGUUGCUUUCCCGCCAGAUGGGUUUUGUUUUUACCAUUAAUCCACUGCUUGAAGGGUACAGAAGCUGCUGUCUUUGUCAGUUACUGACACCAUAAAAAAAUCAAAUUCAGUAACAAGAGAGGAGAGGAAGCUAAUACAACCCAGGACCUUUAUCAUCAUUCAUCCCUCUGUCUCCCAGUCAUUUUAGUCUCCACGUUCAACUCUAAAAAUUUCCCAGAACUCACAAAUGUAAUAAGAAUCAUUCUGCAGUGAGUCCAAGUAUCAGACUCUAGAACGCUUGAGCUUAGCUUUUAAAAUAGCAUACGCCAGCCAGCACUUCCAGAGACAUUGUCAUUGUGUUUUCAAACACUUCAUGUAAUGUUGGUUUGAGUUUUGUUCUGCAGUAUAAAGUAGCAUUUCAGUGGACAUCAGUAGUCCUCUGCCAGACUGGUGCCAGAAAUAAAUCCCCCAUGAUGUCUCACAGUACCAACAUUUCUUUCCACACUCAUCACAGCUGAUUGCAGAAUUAAGAGAUGUGGUUGGUGGAGAGAAGAUGUACUUGUUGAUGGAAUUUCCACAAUCAACAUAUAAUUUCUUAAUUUGAGACUAAAUCAGUGGUUUGCACAACAUUCAUUCAACAUUCAAACAAUUUAUUGAUUUUAUAUUUUAGUCAGUUUCAUGUUGCUGGAUUGAUCAGAGGGUAUGUGGGUUUCUGAGUAGUUAACAGUAAAAGGCACCACUGUAAUCUUCAUUUUUGUACCACUAGCAGAGAUGCCCACAUGGCAGUGUCUGUUAGCAUGUUUCCGUGCAAUACUUUGACCUUCAGAAUGAUAUUUCAAAUACCCUCUGAAAUCCUAGAAAAUCACUGAUUUGCUGAAAACUAGAUUUUUAAAAGAUUUUGACAACUGCUCAGACAUUUGGUCAAGAUGAGGACUCUCCAAAACUGACCAGAUUUCCACACUUUCCUGUGCCUGUCCAUGGUCCCCAAAUAAUGAAUACAAAUUUUGACAAAAUUUGCCCGUUGACCUUUAGUGCCAUAUCUAGACAAAGAUGUUAGUUUGCAUGCAAGAUAUUUCAUAAUCUAACAGACUGGCAAUUCCUCAGAUACUGAAUACUGAUAUACUUAAUUGGUGACACUAAUCUUGGGUGCCCACCUUCAAACUGUGCUGAUUGUAUAGAUCCUCUGUGCUGUUGAGGAGAUAAUGGGUGUGAAGCAUCCAUGUUUUUACAGUCAUGGAUAUAAACUGUAAGAGAAACUUGACUGGUGCGCGGAGGUAUACAACUGCAGGGCAGUAAUACUAGAUUUUUAUCCGUAUUAUUAUAAGACCAAAGACAAAAAUCAACAGUGCAUUAGUCCAUCUGUCGGUACUUCUCCCUAAACUACCUGUCCGUCAAGCCCAUUGGCUCCUACUAAAGAGUAGAGUUGGGUUGAUUUCCAGUUUUGGUAACAUUUUUGAUUUGAAGCUGACAAAAGAGGCAUCGUAACUGGCCAUGAGUGUCAUGUUGCACUGUUUGGACUUGAACUUUUAUUGUAUGCCCUGUUUCUAUUUAUUCCUGUUAAUUGCUUUGAAAGCUCUGCAAUGGACGAGGAAUAGAGGCUUCAUGUUAAAAUGAAACAACGUUAUCUAAUGAUACCUUCUCAUUUCACUACAAAACCUAAAUAAAGUGACAGACUGCAGGGAGCUAAAAAAUUUUUUGGUAAUGACCAUUACUAAUAACAGCUUAUUUGCUGUUGGUGUAAUUGUAUUCAAUUUCAGUAAUUAUCACAGUAUAAAACAUGUUAAAAAGUACAAAGGUAGGAGAAAUAAACCAUCCAUCAUUUACAUUUUAUUAAGGCCCAAAGUUAAGCAUAUUUAGGAGCGGGGCCACUUGAGUGACAGGCUGUCCGUGAGGUAUUGCCACAGUCUUGGUAACAUUACAAAGACUGUGUGAGUAACAUUACAAGUAAAUGUUCCACCUUAACUGUUGCCAUCAGUCUGCCCAGUGAAUUAAGUUAUUUAAUUUCUCAGACUACAGCUGUUGCGAGAGGCAGCAAAACAUCCUGUUAUUUUGUAGUUCAUUAAUAUGUGUUAAACUUGCCACAGUAUGAACAGUGGGUACAUAAGCCUCAAAAACAGCCACAACUCAGCCCUGAGCAAGGGCAACCAUCCACUAGUGACCAAUCAACGGACUGCAGUGUUUUUAGUUCCACCUUUUAGUGCCAGAUCUGUGUGCUAUGUACCCUACCCUUUAAAAAUUGUUUGUUUUUUUAUAGCCCCAUUUCUAAAAAGGGUCUUAGAAAAGCUAAAAGCUAAAUACGUAGUUUCUUUUCUCCAGGACUACUGUAGCUCCUGUGCUUCAGGCCUCAAAUUUCUGUUUGGACAGUUUCAUACGUUUUAAAAUAUGCUCCACAUCAAAACAUCAACCAAAUAAAAAGUUUAAGUGUUUGUUAUUGGGGAUUUACUUCUGACACCAGCAGGGGGUGAUUGCAGACUGCUGUAGUGAUGCUGAUACUUAAACCAGCUGACAGUUAACUGCCCUUAAAAAAAUGUAUAAAUGAUGCAGUGAUGCAGGAAGUAGCCAAGCCAACUGGUUGGGGGUUGAGAUUUUUGAAUUGACAGAAAUGAUAAGAGGAACACUAUUUUUUAGUGUUAAUUAUAUUUAUUGACAUUGUUAGAGUAUGUGUACAGAUAAUGUAAGCAAUGUUUUGGCACAGAUGUGUUUGUUCAGUAUUUAGUAAGUCUAUAAAAUGUGUAAUGAAAUAUGAAAUUGAAGUUAAGGAGGAGUGAAAUGUUAAUGAGGCCAGUUUGUUCUUUGGCCAUUUUUUCUAAACAUGUUACAUUCCAACUUUCCGAGGACUUGAAGAGAGGCAGAGGGAAACUACCGCUGUUUUCUCCAUUUUACAUUAGUCUGGGAAAGUGAGCCGUUUCUACGUUUUCUUCUCUUUUCACUGUAAUAUCAACCUCCACAUUCCCUUGUGUUGACAGUUAUGAUGUUUAAGAUAUUAUGGGCUUGCACUUUAUGAACUUAAAUAUUGUUAUGAUCUUGUCUGUUGUGCUUUAGGGGGAAAAAAAAGAAAAUCCUUCCAUGUGAUUGUUCUUCAUGCCAGCCCUUCACACUGGUGACCUUCUUUUUUACAAAGAGUAAAAGUUGUGUGAGUCAGUGAUUUUAAACAUUUUCCUGUCGGGACUUUUCAUCUGCCGUCACUUUUUUAACAGCCUCUGCCUGAAAUGUGUCAAAUAUGUUGACUGAUUUCCAAAACAUGUUGAAUAGGCUGCAAUAACAUGUUCAUUUACAUGUGUGGCGGAAUUAGAAAUCCUUGUGCUUUGUAGCCAGUGGUGCUCUAAAACAGUACUGUUGAUGGAGACUGCUGCAUCAAUCAUGAUUUUUUACUUUACAAAGAAAUUACAGUAAAAACAUGCUUGGACAUCAUCUAUCAGGACAGAAGAAGUAAUCAUUUAAACUGUCAAAUAUUGCAAGUUGACAAGUUUGUAAUCUCAAAAAUUCAUGUUAAUAUGUUUCUAACAUCUUAUUGUAUAGUGUGUUCCCUGAACUCAGAAUCCAUGAAAAUAUUAAAUAUGUGGCCAAAUGGCUCAAAAAAAGCAUUACUGAAUGGAAAAUAACCCCAGACAGUGAAGUGACACUGGACUCUGCUCACAUUUAUCACUAUUAAAGAAUCAAAUAAAUAAACCAGAUAACUUUUAGCUUCUGUUGAGCCCGUAUGCUGUAGUGAUGUCUUCUGUGCUUCAUAUUUAAAACAGCGCCAUGUACACAACCAGUUAAUUUAUUAUGUAGCACCAGUGGGGUCAUUAGUGCAGAAAAAAAAAGGAUGAGUUUCAGUUUGCUUGUACUCCCUCACGGACUCCUUACACAGAAUUGUGCAUCGUGGGGGUGUGUGUGUGUGUGUAUAGAUAUGUUUUUUUAUUUAUUUCAUGUUCUUAAUUUGACAUCAGCUACCCAGCAGCAUAUGGAGCAUGGUGCAAUAGCAUGAAUUGAUUCUGUAUGAUGAAAAUGGCUUUUCCUGCUUCACAUAAUGUGAUGGGUGUAUCAGUGACAGAGCCCCUGAAGUCCUGAAAGAUCUUAGUGAGAAAUCUUACGUGCACAAGAUACCUUGUGCAAAUAAGAUAUACAUUUAUAUGUACACAUUGAAUUGUGUAAACAGAUAUUUAUUUGUGCAAAGGAGACAAUUUGUGAAAGAAAGAUGAGAACUUGUGUGAGCAAGAUAUAAAUUUGUUUAAACCAGAUAACAUCUAUGAGCAAGAUAACCUGUGCAAAUGAGAUGAAAACAACAUAUAACUUUUAGGAACAAGAUAUGAAGUUGUGUGGACAAGAUAAGUGUAAACAAGAUAGCUCAUAUGAACAACAUACUGAUUUGUGGGAUUAAGAUUUAACAAGAUUUAAAGGGUUAAUUUGGAUUAUUUGAACUUGGGUUGUAUGGGGUACUUAUCCAUAGUUAGUGUAUUACAUACAGUAGAUGUCAGUCAGCACACCCCCAGUUGACAC